CACUGACAUCAAUUAUUCAUCAGCCAGACGCCUGCCCGCCCUGGCAGGACAGGCUGGUCCUCCGUGCCCCGCCGCACCUCAGCCACACAUCCACAGAGGCUCGGGCGAGGAGACGGCCAGCCGGGCAGCGCAGACCUGGCAGGAGGGUUGGGUGGCCGGUCCGGCCAGACCCUGUCUGGGGUCACAUCUCCUUUCCUACCGGCACAUUCCCCAUUCUCCUGCCAAUAGCCUGGUGCCAGGAAGCCCCUGGAGAAGAUGCCCAUCCAGAUCUUUUGCUCUGUCUCGUUCUCCUCUGGAGAGGAGGCCCCAGGACCCUUGGCAGAUGUUUGGGGUCCCCACCAGCAGCAGUGGAAUAUCUCGGAAUCCGAAGAGGAAGAAGAGAAGGCAAAGGAGGCAGCGGAGGAGGAGGCUGAUGAGGGGGGUUUGCCCAUGGACUUGGUGGCCUUUGCCAACAGCUGCACCCUCCACGGUGCCAGCCGCGUCUUCGUGGAGGGGGGCCCAGGGCCGAGACAAGCCUUGUGGGCAGUGGCCUUUGUCCUGGCACUGGGCGCCUUCCUGUGCCAGGUGGGCGACCGCGUUGCUUAUUACCUCAGCUACCCGCACGUGACUCUGCUAGACGAGGUGGCCACCACGGAGCUGGCCUUCCCGGCCGUAACCCUGUGCAACACCAAUGCCGUGCGGCUGUCCCAGCUCAGCUACCCUGACUUGCUCUACCUGGCCCCCAUGCUGGGGCUGGAUGAAAGUGAUGACCCCGGGGUGCCCCUGGCCCCGCCGGGGCCCGAGGCCUUCUCUGGGGAGCCCUUUAACCUGCACCGCUUCUACAAUCGCUCCUGCCACCGGCUGGAGGAUAUGCUGCUGUAUUGCUCCUACCGCGGGGGGCCGUGCGGCCCUCACAACUUCUCGGUGGUCUUCACACGGUAUGGAAAGUGCUACACAUUCAACUCGGGCCGAGAUGGGCGGCCGCGGCUGAAGACCAUGAAGGGUGGGACGGGCAACGGGCUGGAGAUCAUGCUGGACAUCCAGCAGGACGAGUACCUGCCUGUAUGGGGGGAGACUGAUGAGACGUCCUUCGAGGCAGGCAUCAAAGUGCAGAUCCACAGCCAGGAUGAACCUCCCUUCAUCGACCAGUUGGGUUUUGGCGUGGCCCCGGGGUUCCAGACCUUUGUGUCCUGCCAGGAGCAGCGGCUCAUCUACCUGCCCCCGCCCUGGGGCACCUGCAAAGCUGUUACCAUGGACUCGGAUUUCUUCGACUCCUACAGCAUCACCGCCUGCCGCAUCGACUGUGAGACACGCUACCUGGUAGAGAACUGCAACUGCCGCAUGGUGCACAUGCCAGGGGAUGCCCCAUACUGCACCCCAGAACAGUACAAGGAGUGUGCAGAUCCUGCACUGGACUUCCUGGUGGAGAAAGAUCAAGAAUACUGUGUGUGUGAAAUGCCCUGCAACCUCACCCGGUAUGGCAAGGAGCUGUCCAUGGUGAAGAUCCCUAGCAAAGCCUCAGCCAAGUACCUGGCCAAGAAGUUCAACAAGUCUGAGCAGUACAUAGGGGAGAACAUCCUGGUACUGGACAUUUUCUUUGAAGUCCUCAACUAUGAGACCAUUGAGCAGAAGAAGGCCUAUGAGAUUGCAGGACUCCUGGGUGACAUCGGGGGCCAGAUGGGGCUGUUCAUCGGGGCCAGCAUCCUCACGGUGCUCGAGCUCUUUGACUACGCCUACGAGGUCCUUAAGCACAAGUUGUGCCGACGAGGGAAGUGCCAGAAGGAAGCCAAAAGGAGCAGCGCGGACAAAGGUGUGGCCCUCAGCCUGGACGACGUCAAAAGACAUAACCCGUGCGAGAGCCUCCGGGGCCAUCCUGCCGGGAUGACGUACGCUGCCAACAUCCUACCUCACCAUCCGGCCCGAGGCACGUUCGAGGACUUUACCUGCUGAAACCCCGCAGGCCACUGUACCAAAGGCCUCGAUGGGGAAGGCUAGGAGAGCAAGGGGGGCCCCCCCUCGCUGCCCCCACAAUCUGCCCUGGGGACUCCCCCACACCUCCCCUCCUAGGGCAGACCCCCACUCCUGGGCAAUCCUUUCCUCUCCUCUGUGGUGAGGAAGGAGUCUUGACCACAGAGUACUCUUCCUGCCUUUACCCGUCCCCCCCACCCUUUUUUGUUUUUAAACAAAAGUAAACUAUUCUAAAAUUGAAACUAAAAAGAGAGAAGGGGGCAAGGAACCUCAGGCUGCCCUUCUCUGCCCCAUGCUGCCUCCCCCAGCUCCCAGCCUGAAUUCUGUCUGUCAUCUGAGUAUCCACCUCCAUUCUGCUGCCACCAGUCACCAAAGCCUCCUUCCAGUGGGGGGGUGGAGGGGAUCCCUGGGGUCUGGAAUUUGGCCCCAAACCCGAGAAUGUACCCUGGGGGGGAGGACUGGGAGGGGGCUUCCCCAGCCUUAAGAGACCCUCUUAGCACCCCCCACCCCAACCCUGUCUUCAGGCAGAAAAACUAAGACCCCAGUCCCAUUCCUUCACACUAUGUGGAGUCCCCAGGGGGCUGGGUGGGGAGACCUCCUGAAGAAGUGGAGAUGGGGGCAAGAUGUGGCCCUGGUGCUGUAGGCCACACCCUGUUACUUACAAGUUCACCCCCACACCAGAGCUGUAGCUGCUGGAGAGAAAUCCCAAGAGGCAGCCCUCCUCUUCCAUCCCAUGAAAGACCCUGCUGGUUGGUUUCCAGCUCAGGGAGAGGGGCAAUGGUGCCUGACCUCACUAGUCCCUCUCCCACGGGCCCCUGCAGAGGGCCACAUCCAUAAAUUUUCUUAUGGAACUCUCCCAAGUCCUUUUCCCCAACUCCAUUUGCUUCUCUCAACAACCUCAUCUGCAUUUUCUAUUUCUAUAUGAUACAGACUCUAUAUUGCUAUAUCUCUGUAUAUACUUUUCCCCAACCCUGUCUGUCUCUCCCCAUCCACUCUUGUCUCUGAGAACCAUCUCCCUACCCCAAGACCCCCCUUCUGUGUCUCUGCCCCCUCCCUGGUCUCUGAAUGCCUUCGCCUGUAUAAAGAGUUGGACUCUCUCCCCUGGUGUCUGUACUGUGUACACACAUCCCUCUGAGAAGCACAAGGAGACGACACACGCAUUGUAACCUUCGCACUGUCUCGGUGGCGACAUAAAGGAAGCUGUGAAUCACAAGCUCUGCCUCUUUCUGGCCUCAUCCUCUCCUCCCAGUCCGGGUACCCUCUGCCUUUCCUGUAGCCUUAACAUUCCCUUCCUCUGCUCCACCCUCCCCAGUACCCUUUGCCUGGCUAGCUCCAGCCCCUGGGGGUGUGGGGGAGGGUUGCUACAGAAUAGCCCCCAUCCAGGAGAUGGAGAUCUACUCUGGACAUUAAGCCAAGGAGGAUCCCUCUUCCAAGCUGGCAGCUGGAGUGUCAGAGACAGAAGGAAGCUAGCGGUCAAUGACUCCCGCAGUUGGGGCAGCUGGGCAGCGGGCUGCUGAUAGGAAGAAGCUGAGGUCCUCAGUUAUGGCCUUUCCCAUCUUCUGGGUGUCCAGCUCCCUUUUCUCACGUGAUACUCAAGCCUACCACUCACAUUUUCUGGUGAGGUAGGGUGUGGUGUAGGAGGAAAGAGACAGGCCUAGAGGAGGUGUUGAAAUCUCUGCUGUUCUGUCCCUCCCUACCUUAAUGAGAGGCAAGUGAGGGAGAGGGCCUGCCCCCUCUCCCUUCCACAGACAUCCCCGCCCAGGCCAGAGUCCUAAACGCUUCCCAGGCCUUCUCUGCCCAGCCAUUUCUUGGUCUCCAACCCUGGAACAGGACCUAUGGGCAGGUCACCUGUGCUUGGCCUGGAGCUGGUGAGUGAAGCUGUAGGAUCUUUGGCAAGUCUUGAUUCCUAGGAGUUCCUUAGAGAGCAGACCUCCCCAGAGGGAAACAACAGCAAGGCCAAAAGGGUGCACUGGAUGGGGGAACAGCAGGUGGGGCUCUGGGUGAUGCAUGCCUCUGGUCUAAUAAACUGGGUUCCAACCAA